AUGGAGGUUGGAGAAGCAGAUAGAGAAAAGCUUCAGGUACAGGUUCCUUGGAUCCCCACCACCCCUUUGAAGCCCAUUCUUCCAAGACCAGGGCCGAUCUUGGUUCACGGGGAGGGAAACCAGCUGGGCUCUCAUUCCAAUGAGGUACCUGCAUGUUGGGAAUCUUCAGCCUGUGCAGAGAUAAGAGGCAGGCUUCACUAUCGUUCAGAACCUCCGGCUGAAGCCUAUGACAAAGCCGAAAGUUGCGUACGAAAGUCCUUCGGCCAUAUUUCCAGCCCAAGUAAUGGCAUUGCCGAACUUUUGGCUCAGGCGGAUGCUCCAUCGACGUAUUCUAUUGCAACACAUGACGUGUGUUUGAAGAACCAAUUUAUUCCUACUUUUAAAACACAGUUCAAUCCGACCUAUGCAUUACAUAGCCACCAUCAUCUCUCUCGCGGGCAACCCGUGAUCAAUACAAUCCAUGACAAGUACCAAGAUGUUCAGGGCACACCGUACUUUGCUUACUAUAGCAAGACCACUCACAUUGCCCCACCUACUCCAGAUACUGCAACACCAAUGAAUAGGGAAGAAAGGGGUCAAGGUGUAGAAGAAAAUGUCCCAGCCACAAAAUACAAUUAUCCACACAAAGCUGCGGUUGCAUCUACACCAUGCAAGGAGAAUCACAACCGCAAUAAGGAACUAAGCCAUGAUAUUGAUCUGAAUAAAGUACCUCAAUCAAAAACAAAAAGAAAAAAGCACCGCCCCAAGGUCGUAAUAGAAGGCAAACCCCAAAGAACUAGGAAGCCCGUCACCCCAAAGCCAGUUCAACCAAAAGAAAAUCCAACUGGCACAAGAAAGUCCAGAAGGAAAGGAUUGAACAUGACUUCAACUCCUCAAACAGAGGUGAGAGAAGAAUGGACUAAACCAUUGAUGCCUGAAUCCACCAUAAAGACAUGUAGAAGGUCCAUUAAUUUUGACGUGGGAGAACAACCACCGAGAGAUGACAUUUCUACAUGCAGAGAAAUUGGUGUGGUGAUUGAGGGAGCACAGGCUUUAAAUAACUCCCUCUCAAAAUCAGUAGCACAGUCAAGUCCAAAGGAUUCCAACAGCAGUAACAGUGAAAGUUUGACCACAAGGUCAAGAUUACAUGUAAAUGGUCCCAAGAGAAAACAUUCCAGUACAAUGGAACAUGCAGCUAACAGCAGCAUUAAUCUGAUCGGAGCACAGUAUAAUGCAGUGCAGGCGUACUGUCUGAAGAGUUGUGUUCAAUUUCCAAAUGUGCACAAGAAAAAAAGAACGGAUAAGGGGAAAUUUUCCUACACAUCCAAUACACCUUGCAUGACAGCGACAAAAGAUGUAGAAGUAGCAACAUGCCCUCCAGAAGAUGGUAAAUCACAUCCAUCAAGUCGCAACUACCAGACUGCUGGUUCUGCAUUCAUCAGAGUCCCGGUGACAAUUGAAGAGACAGAAAAUAUGCUUGAUAAACCUCAAUCAUUAGGAUUCAAGUUGUCUUCAGGGCAGAGGAGGUCAAGAGUCCCCGCCAGAAUUCAUGAUUGCGCUUCAUCAAACUUAUUCAGAAGCUGUGAUACCAAACUAGCACAGACUACAAAACAAGCGGGCAGUUCUGGCAGACAAACAUUUGGGGUUGCAGAAAGACUGCAGACAUGCGCUGAUGCUUUAUCUGCAGAGAUGCAAGCAUCGCUAACAAAAAAGAAACGAACUAAAAAGAGAACUAUUCCUGUCAGUUCAGCAUAUUCUUGCACAGAUGAAAUGCAACAGCACAGUAAAUUUGUGUUGGAAAAUCAAGGCCAAUAUUUGCACAACUCAUCAGAUGCUGCUUCUGAAGAGAUAUGGAAAAACAUACAAACUGUGGAUGCUUUAACAGAGAGGUUUAGCCACCUAAGCAUAUGUAGAGAAGCCACAGAGCUUGUGCUGCAUGAGCAGAAUGCAAUUGUCCCUUACGACCAGCAGAAUGAUAGUGGCACUAUCAUUCCCUUUAAGGGUCCACUUAAUCCCAUAAAAAAACAGCACCCACGACCUAAAGUUGACCUUGAUGAGGACACUAAUGGUGUGUGGAAGCUUCUGAUGCUAGAUAUAAACAGUCAUGGAAUUGAUGGAACAGAUGAAUUGAAGGCCAAAUGGUGGGAAGAGGAAAGAAAUGUGUUCCGUGGACGAGCAGACUCAUUUAUUGCACGGAUGCAUCUUGUACAAGGAGACAGACGCUUUUCAAAAUGGAAGGGAUCAGUUGUGGAUUCAGUGGUUGGAGUUUUCCUCACUCAAAAUGUCGCUGAUCAUCUUUCCAGUUCUGCAUUCAUGUCCCUUGCUGCUCGAUUUCCUCCAAGCAACAAGCACAAAACAUACCACAAGGAAAGCAGAAGCUUGAUAGUCACCGAACCACAAGUGCAAAUUGUGGAACCAGAAGCAAAUUCAACAGUGGAUGAAAAAACAUUGAAUCAAUCUGUUAAUGAAUUGGGUUCUAUGCCAGUAGACAUCAUCAAGCAUUCAGAAGACAGAGAAGCUGUUGACAGCAAUGAUUCCUGCAGAACUACUGGUGGCUUAAUUAGCUUAACAGAUGAAUCAACUCAAAGACAUAUUAGAGAACAUAGUCCAGUGGAGAGUGGACCAAUUAUUGCCGUGACUGAGGAAGGGCAAGAAAAUCUAUGUCAUGGGGGCAUUGGGAAAGCCUUAAAUGAUGUAUUUUCAUCCCAAUGCUCUGCCGUUACAUCUCAAAUAUCUGGAGAUUGUUUCAUUGAUCAAAAUCCUGAGAAGAUACGAUCAUUCUCAGAUAGCAACUCUACUGUAGAAGACAAGUCAAGCGCAGCCAAGCACAACCUUUUCAAUAACAGAACAUCUUUCAGCAAGCUUUUAGAAAUGGCAAGUUCAACGAUGUUGCAUGAAGUUAACUGUCAGAGUGGCAAAUCACUUGAGAAUUUAAGAGACAAGUAUGGUCAAUCUUUAGGCAUGAAUAUUGACAACUUGGCACAGAACUUGGAAAAAUCAAAUGUUUCUCAAGCUUCCUUAGAAGAAUCAAUCAUCUCAUGCAACGAAUAUACUUUGAAAAUGACCCCAAACUCGGGACUACUUGAAGUUAAUUGCUAUGAUCCUCUCAAAAUAGAAGUCCCAUCAACUAGCUCCUCAAAGAACAAAGAUGAAAAUGACAAAAGAGUUAAUUUUCCAACAACAGAAUCUGACAGCCAUACUGCAAUUACCCAGUCUCAAGGACAAACUCAAGAUACUAAGAAGAAAGCAAGGGAAAUCAAAAAGAGCAAGAAAGGGUCUAGCUCUGUUAAACAAAAAAGAAGGAAGCGUGGAAAAAAGAAAAAGGCUAAAUUUAAUUGGGAUAGUUUAAGAAUACAAGCUCAAGCUACGGCAGGAAAGAGAGAAAAGACAGAAAACACCAUGGACUCUUUGGACUGGGAUGCUGUGAGACGUGCAGAUGUCAACGAAAUUGCUGAUAUAAUCAAAGAAAGGGGCAUGAACAAUAUGCUUGCUGAACGUAUUAAGAAUUUCCUGAACCUAUUGGUUGAUGUACAUGGGGCCAUUGAUCUUGAGUGGUUGAGAGAUGUUCCACCUGAUAAAGCAAAAGAAUACUUGCUCAGCGUGAAGGGAUUGGGAUUGAAAAGUGUAGAGUGCGUAAGACUCUUAACAUUGCACCACCUUGCUUUUCCGGUGGAUACAAAUGUCGGACGGAUAGCUGUACGACUGGGAUGGGUACCGCUUCAGCCACUGCCCGAGUCACUACAGUUGCAUCUUCUAGAAUUGUACCCAGUGUUGGAAUCCAUACAAAAAUAUCUCUGGCCCCGGCUCUGCAAGCUAGACCAAAGAACAUUGUAUGAGCUGCACUACCAACUGAUUACAUUUGGAAAGGUCUUUUGUACUAAAAGCAAACCAAAUUGCAAUGCAUGCCCAAUGAGAGGAGAAUGCAGACACUUUGCAAGUGCUUUCGCAAGUGCAAGGCUUACUCUGCCAGGACCAGAGCAGAAGAGUAUAACCAUCACAACAGGAAAGAAUGCAACUUAUCAGAACCCAUCAGUAGUUAUCAGUCAGGUACCCUUCCCUCUACUUGAAAACACAAACCAAGCAGAAGAACUUCAACAAACCGAAGGGAUCCAGCAACUAGAAGCAAAAUCUGAAAUCAAUAUCUGCCAACCUAUUAUUGAAGAACCAGCAAGUCCAGAGCCAGGAUGCUCCCAAGUAUCAGAAAAUGAUAUAGAGGAUGCCUGCUAUGAGGAGUCAUGCAAAAUUCCCACCAUCAAACUAGACAUAGAAGAGUUCACUUUGAAUUUACAAAAUUACAUGCAACAAAACAUGGAACUUCAAGAAGGGGAAAUGUCGAAGGCCAUGGUUGCUCUAGAUCCAGAUGCUGCACGUAUUCCUAUGCCAAAGCUGAAGAAUGCGAGCAGACUGCGUACAGAGCAUUAUGUUUAUGAACUCCCAGAUUCACAUUGUCUUUUGGAAGGGUGGGACAAGCGAGAACCUGAUGAUCCAGGCACAUACCUUCUAGCUAUAUGGACUCCAGGGGAGACUGCACAUUCUAUACAGCCACCAGAAAGAAAAUGCAGCUCUCAGGACAGCGGCCAGCUUUGUAAUGAGAAGGAGUGCUUUUCAUGCAACAGUUUCCGUGAAGCAAAUUCGCAAAUAGUUAGAGGGACAAUCCUGAUACCAUGUCGAACAGCCAUGAGAGGGAGCUUUCCACUAAAUGGCACCUAUUUCCAAGUCAAUGAAGUUUUUGCAGACCAUGACUCGAGUCUUAACCCAAUUAGUGUUCCCCGAAGUUGGAUCUGGAACCUCAAUAGGCGAACAGUAUAUUUUGGAACUUCCGUAUCAACAAUAUUUAAAGGUUUGUCCACACGUGAUAUUCAACAAUGCUUUUGGAAAGGAUAUGUCUGUUUGCGAGGAUUUGACAGGGAAACGCGAGCACCCCGUCCUCUAAUGGCUAGACUACAUUUCCCUGCUAGCAAGUCGACUAAGAAGAAGGACAAGACCGUUUUCCCAUCUAGCAAGUUGCCUGAGAAGGACGAGACCAAAAAACGGUCGACAUCAGCAAACCCAAAAGGAUCAUACUUUAAAGCGAAAGCUAAAAUUACUUUCGAAGAUUCAUAG